UUGAUCAGUACACCAAACACCAUCUCACACUAGUUGCCCUAUGAAUUGCACCUUUAAUCCUUUUGAAUCUAAUGUAAAUUAGCUUUAAGCUGAUACAGAAAUAUAUAUUUCAUAAAAAAGAGUUACCAAUUUAAAUUUUUUUCUUUUAUAAAAUAAUAUAUAAUUUUCUCUUAAAAUACAGUUUGUGGAAAAAAGUAUGUCUAACGUUUUAAAGAAGACAACCGGUUUAACUGGGAUUUUAGUUGCACAAGAUCCACAUCGCCUAUUGAAUAUUUUGUAUGGCAAAAUUCUUCGUGCUCUUGAUAAACUACCACAAGACUAUGCCUAUAGAACAACAACAGAAAAACUUAUUAGAAAUCGGGCAGCAAUUGUUAAAGACAACUCCAAUGUAGAUAGCAUUGAAAAUAAAAUUGAAUGUGGACAAGUUGAGGAACUAAUAAUUCAAGCACAAAAUGAAUUAGUAUUGGCACGAAAAAUGCUAGAAUAUAAACCAUGGCAGCCUCUUAUUCAACAAGAACCAAAAAAUCAAUGGGAAUGGCCCCCUCACAAGUGAUCUUGGCAAUUUUAAUCAGUACUUGUGUAUUUAUUAAUUAUUAUUAGCACUCGAAUGUGUAGAACAGAAACGUAGUAAUUAAAUAUAUAAAUUUGUUA